AUGGCCACCUCUGUGGCUCAAGCUCGUUUCAACGAUGGACCUGGGCUAUGGGGCCUUGGGCCACUUGGCGCCGUGCCGCGGGAGGGCGAGGUCGAUGGUGCUAAGAGGCCCGUUUGGGAGCUGCAUAGUGAAGUCACCACUGCCGAGUCGCGACGUGAGCACCGUGAGAACCUGCGGCCGCCAGAGAUUUCGACCUCGGCCUUGACUUCCCGGGGUUCCAGUCAAGCCACUGGCGGGCUGGCUGAGGCCGAGCCGAGCUGGGUCCUGAAGGACGACACCAGCGACCUUCGCACCGGCAGCGCCAGCGAUAGCCGCGACGGCCACAGCGCGGUCGGCAGCGGCAGCGGUCUCCGGGGCCUUGACGUCAUCGCCAAAGCGCGGCAACGGAUCAGGGAGGUGAAGGAACGCGAGAGGUUAGCCAAGCUUCGUGAACACGAAGAGGUGGAGGAGAGGCGAAGAGAAGCCCAAGCGCAACAUGAGCAGCGCAUGAAGCGCCAGGAAAGUGAAAGGCGACGCCGAAGACAGGCCAAACGCCUGGAAGAGGAAUCCCAAGUGAAUGCCCAGGCAGAGGAACGGCGACGAGCCAAUGAGCAUUGGAAAGAACAAGAAGAAAAAUCCAAACUUCUGCAGAAGCAGACGCAGGCUCGAAUCAGAGCAGAGAAGGAAAAAACAAAAGAAAAGAAGGAACAAGAGAUGCUGCACAAAGAGGAGAGAGGCAGAUGCUUUGAGGAGGCUUCGAAGAAAGCCCAAGAAGCCAUGGAAGCGGCGAAGAAGAGGUUGAUUCACAAAAAGAAACAAGAGUUGGCCAAGAAAGAAGAGGAAGAGUCCAUGCAGCAGCUUGAAGCGGAGUACGACCAGGAGAAGGAGAGCCAUGAGAUGGGCGAAGUUCUGCAGAAAAAGGCGCAAGAACGCUUGCGCCACCGCUCGGAAGAGAGAAGAAAAAAGGAGACCCAGGCGAAGAACCGCGAGGCGCUGGAGAAGUUGCAGCGCGAGGAGCGGCGCGCAGAGUCUGAGAAAGUCGCGGAGGAACGGCGCCACAGCGCUGCGCAGCGCGCCGCCUCCAGGCGACGGAGAGAACGAGAGGAGGAAGAAAGGGCCAAGCGCGAGCAGGAGGAACAGGAGCGGCUGGCACGAGAGCGAAAGCAGCUAUACCGAAAUCCACACUCCAUUGCCGAGCUGAAGUCCCAUGAGCCUCCUGCGCCCCUGACACAGCAGCAUCGUCGUGCGGCGUCACAGAAGAGGCAAUUGGAACAGGAGAAGCUGCGGAGGUACGCGGAAGGCCUUCCAGCGGAGAGUCCGGAACGGGGCGAACGGGGCCGUCCCCCGUUGUUGCCCAGCUUGGACGCUCGGGGCCGAGUCGCCAAGAUCGAGGACAGCCGCGAGCGCGCCGGCGACUCCCGUCGUCCCUCGCAGACGUCCUCGCGCCGCUCGCGGACAUCCUCGCGGCAGGUGUCGCCGUCGCCCAGCGUGGUCUCGUUGCCGGACAUCGACACCGGGCAGCUACCAGAGAAGGCACCGCUGGAGGCCCUACCGGAGCCAACUGUGGAGGCGCUGGAACCGGCGGAUCCUGUGAAACCGGUGGAAGAGGCACCCGUCUCCCCAGUGCCUGCAGAUCGAGCAGAUGCGCGAUGGAUAGGAGAAGAGGAGUGGAUGAGGAAGGCCUUGGCAGAUCAGCAUUUGCAGGCCAUGUUCCGGCGAUUCGCUCAGGGAUCCAUCGUGCUGCGUGGCGCCUUCCAAUCCGUUCUGGCGCUGGUUUGGGCCUGGGAGCCCAGCCAUGGUAUAGCCUGCUCGCCAGCAGCUUUCAGUGGUGCUUGGCAGGAAAUUCGCCUGCGAGUGAUGAUGUCGCAACUCGACGCGGUUCGGGCGCAGGAGCAGGUGCCUUCGCUUUUCAAGCUGAUGCAAGAUUCGGAUGCGCUGAGACAGCCCAAUUCACGCCGCGUUUCCUGGCAGGCGCUCGCCGACUUGUUGGUGGUACAUCAUCCAGGUUGGCCAAGCCAAGUUCCUCCCUUUCAGCCAGUGGAGCCUGUGGCCAAAGGCGUCACCCCCUUGGCACCGCAUUUCGGAAGACUGGAACAACGGGCUUGGCUGCUGCCCUUCAGUGGCUGCGGCGACACUGCUGGGGGUCCAGUGACCUGGUGCUACGACUCGGGCUCGGAGAGUGCUGUGAGCUUCGGGACUCCCGCCUUUGGAAGCGGCGAUCAGGCGAGGUGCCGGGUGACGGUGGGUCGUUCGGUGUGUAGCCAGACCUCAGUCUCUAGGUAUCCCAUCUCUACUUGGAAGGGUGGCUCGCACGUCCCUUGCGGCGCCGGGGAGCCAAGCAGCUACAGCAGAUAUCGUGCUCCCGACCUUUUUAGUGCCCCCCCUGCGCGAAAUCUCAGCCCGACGGAAGGAUGUCGGUCCCAUGGAACAAGCCAUGCGGAACAGGAGUUGGCACCCCGGGAUGGGAUGAGCCAAGCCUGUCAGUCCAAGAGACUUGAUGCUUGGAGUUGCGCGUCCACCUUUGAGCCUGCGGAUAGUGACUCUGGCAGCUCUGAAAGCGCGUACCUCGGCAUUCCUCCCCCUCCCGUCCUGGAACGUGUGCCAAUGGCCUCUUUGGCACCUCCACUGGCAGCGGCACAGACUGACACGAACCCACUGGUCGAAGGGCUGCGGCAAACCGUCUGGCAGAUGACCGAGGGAAUGUCCCAGCAGCGGCCCUGGUUUCCAUCACCGGCACCGGCCCUUCCCGUCCUUGUCGCUGAAGCGGAGGAGCUCCAGCCAUCGACGUCCGAUGAAUUGCGUUGCUCAAAGCAGGCUGCUCAGCGUGAGGGACCUCGUUCGUAUGGCAAGAGCCACGGCUAUCAAGGCAACGAGCGCACCUGGCAGUCUGGCAGCCGGCGUCAGAACCGCCCGCGGGAUGCGAAGAGGACCGGAGCCGUCGGAGCUGAUGCAAAAUCGGUGUCCUAUGAGUACAAUUUCACCGUGGUCUUCCACGGCUAUGACAAGGUGAAGAAUUCAAAGUUCGAACUCGUCCAGCGCUUGAUUGGCCGUGGUGGCUGUAACAUGAAGGCGAUCUACAGCGGAAAGCCGGUGUCGGCGCGCGUGACGGGCUCGGAAGGGCCUGACAUAGUGCAGCUGGCCGUGAAGUGCCAGACAGAGGAGUUAAUGAAGGAUGCGCGGAUCUUCGUGAUCAAGCUAAUCUCUGACAUCAACACUCAUUGGCGCAAAUAUUGCCGUCAAAACCAGCUUCAUUGCCCUGAACUUUUCUACAUUUGCGACUUGAACAUUUGUAUUUUUCGCUUUGCACAGGAAGACCCACCCCCGAUAUAA